GUUCUUCUGGAUCAUACGCAUUACUCCAACGCAUUUACCGCUUAUGUGAUCAUCAGUGAUUUGAUUGUGGCAACGAUAUAAAUACGGAUGUAAACAUUUGCCAUUCACCAACACACAUGAACAAACGCAUGGGAUUUGACAACUGGGGUCGAUCCUCGAUAAGAAAAACCAAAUGUUCUACAUGACUACACCUCCUGUUAUACCCACUUUGGUUCGAACGAGCGUGUGGAAAACAAAAUAAUCGUUUUCCCUCUGUUUUUCUUCCUAAGAAAAAGAAAUAGAAAACGGAGCCAGGAAACGAUUCUAAUGAUGUUUACAAUCAAGUUAUUGGACAGUUUAUGUUGGCCUAAGCAUGUAGUUUGGUCCGUAAGGAAUGAUUCUGAUAUCAUAACUUCAAACGACACUUAAAAUCGCAGGCCUGGGGUUGUUGAUUACACUUUGCCUCAUACGUAAAAUCCAAUUUGCAUCGUUUAUCAGAGCAAUUCUACGAAAAAGACACAUGCCUGUUUCCCAGCGGCGAAGUGGUAGUUGAUAGUUGAAGUGUGUAAGUGAAGUGAUAGUUGAUAGUUGUGUGACAGAGGGCCCCGUUUUCUUCUCCGCACCAAAGUACAAUUCUUUGAUUGGUCUGUUUUGGCAAUAGUGUGGCGGGGACUGUCCCUAUCGGAAUCCAAAAAUACGGCUGCCGGGUUUUACACUUCCGGUUCCGAAUGAUGCCAACAAAUCCUACACGUUAAGGACAUCAUCAUCAUCAUGAAAUCAUCGAUCGACUAUGGACACAAGUUUAUCUUGGCGCCGAUGGUCCGUGUCGGUACGCUGCCGAUGCGGCUCCUGGCACUAGAGUACGGUGCGGAUCUAGUUUAUACUGAAGAAAUUAUCGAUUGGAAGCUGCUUCGGGCUGAAAGACAUGCUAACGAGGUGCUCGGUACGGUUGACUACAUCGACAAAACCGAUGGUACGGUUGUGUUCCGGACCUGCCCGGAUGAACGGGGGAAAGUGAUUCUGCAGAUCGGUACGGCGUCCGUAGAUCGAGCGGUUGCCGUGGGACGCAUGAUGCAGAACGAUGUAGCAGCGAUUGACGUGAAUAUGGGCUGUCCGAAAGAUUUCUCCAUCAAAGGAGGCAUGGGAGUGGCAUUGCUAUACGAUCGUCCCCGUGCCAAAGCUAUUCUCGAAGGGUUGGUACAGAGCGUAAGCAUUCCGGUGACGUGCAAGAUACGGGUGAUGCCCGAUCCGGACGAUACGGUACAGCUCGCGAAAGAACUACAGUCCACCGGGAUUAGUGCAAUUGGGGUGCAUGGACGCACGAAAACCGAACGUCCUCGUGAUCCAGUAAAUGAAGAUGCGAUUGCACGUGUGGCAACUGCUCUGAAUAUUCCCGUCAUUGCGAACGGUGGCUCACAGAGCAUAGCGCGCCGCCACGAUAUACAGAAGUUUGCGCAGCGCUGUUCCACCACGAGCGUUAUGGUGGCACGUGCCGCCGAGUGGAACUGUUCCAUAUUCCGUGCGGAUGGUCCACUGCCGCUGGACGACGUUAUCCGCCGAUACCUUGAGCUAUCCGUGCGGUACGAUAAUUCACCCUCGAAUACGAAGUACUGCGUGCAGAUGAUGCUGCGCAGCUUGCAGGAGAGUCCGGUGGGAAGACGUUUGCUCGACAGUCAAACAAUGCAACAGAUAUGCGACAUCUGGGAACUGGGAGAUUACUGUCGGGAAACUCAGUUGCGUUACCAUUUCGCUGGCAUCAAGGGUAGACGAGCAUGCCGGCCAAGAACGCAUUCUGAAAACGGUGACACGGGUACGGAUGAAACAGAACCAGCUACGAGCAAAAAGCAGUGCCUUGAGGAAACACACGAAACAGAUCCGGAACCGUUGAAUGAAGAGAACGUUUGCUUCAUACGGUCCAACUUUACGGACGACAAUACUCUGCCCAAAUCUAAGCUAUAUCUGCACGCUGUCCGGAAUGGGUUAGAGCGGGCACAGUACGAUGUGCAGCAGAAGGAUAAACUGUUCCGUGCGUUCGUUCGGUUCGACGGUCAGCGGUACACUAGCUCAUUUUGGGAGAAGAACAAACGGUACGCGGAACAGGCCGCCGCACUCGUUUGUCUGCUGAAGCGUGGUGUCGAAUCGCGCGACGAGUUGAUACGGAACGGUGCCAUGUUGCCGGCCAAAAACACCACCAACGGGCAGAAGGAGGAACAGAAUGGAUCGGAUCAAGUAAUUGUAAGUGAUGUUAUUGCAGUUACAGAAAGUUGUUAACGUGAAAUACACGUAUGUGUAAAUGUAACAA